AUGACAACCUCCACCCCGACCCGGCACCAGCAUGCCGGCCACUGCCACCACCACCACGACAACACCUUCCUGCUGUCCAAGAACAAGAACGACGCCGGCGUGCGCAUCACCCGCGUCGGCCUCUAUGUCAACCUGGGCAUGGCCAUCAGCAAGGGCUUUGGCGGAUACGUCUUCAACAGCCAGGCUCUCGUCGCCGACGCCAUUCACAGCCUUACCGACCUCGUCAGCGACAUCAUGACGCUCGCCACCGUCGGCUGGUCCCUCAAGCCCCCCACGCAGCGCUUCCCCACCGGCUACGGAAAGGUCGAGAGCCUGGGGUCGCUGGGCGUCAGCGGCAUCCUGCUCGGCGGAGGCUUCUUCAUGGGCUGGACCGCCCUCAUUGCCCUCUGCCAGCAAUUCUUUCCCGGCGCUGCCGAGGUCGCCGAACACUGGGGUCUCCUGCCACAUCACCACCACCACCACCAUCACGGCGUUGACGGCUUGGGCCCCAACAUCAAUGCCAUCUGGCUGGCGGCUGGCUCCAUUGUCAUCAAGGAAUGGCUGUACCGAGCGACACUCAAAAUCGCUGAAGAGCGCAAGUCCACCGUCCUCGCUUCCAACGCCUACCACCACCGCGUGGACUCGCUCACCGCCUUUGUUGCCCUCCUCCUGAUUGCCGGCUCAAAUGUGUUCAACAACGCGCAAUGGCUCGACCCUGUGGGUGGUCUCGUCAUUUCCCUCAUGGUCGUUCAGGCUGGCUGGGGCAACACGAAGCAAGCACUGCUGGAACUGGCAGACGUGGGCGUAGACCAGGAGAUGAAGGACAAUGUGCGCAAGGCGGCCGCCAAGGCUGUUCAGGAAAUCACCACGUCAGCCGAGCCAGUAAAUGUCCGCGCUAUCCAGGGUGUCAAGGCUGGCCAGAACUAUCUCAUGGACGUCGAACUUGGUGUGGCCGGCGCCUGGACGGUUGACCAGACACGCCGCGUCGAGGACGUGGUCCGCGAACGCAUCGGUGCUCAAGUGCGCGGAGUGAAAAAGGUCCGCGUCCGGUUUGUGAGCAACACCGCACAGGAGCCAGAUUUCUUGGACGAGUUCAUACCCGCUGAUAGCGCGGCAACGGCAGAAUCAGAGCAUGACCACAGCCAUGACAACAGUCACGACCACGACCACGACCACAACGACAAGCACAGCGCUACCGACAGCAGCGCAAGGCGAAGGAAAUGAGCUGUGUAUACUUGUAGACAAGCAUGGGCGGGCGUUCUGGAGUUGGGUACACGCCGACUACCCGGCGGAAUAUAUCAGGCAUUUUGCACUUGGACAUGUACAGAUAUUAUCGAAUCUAGCAUCGCAUGUGACGGCG